CUGAUCUAAGGCAAUGUUCCAUUUGUGGCCGCUGUAGCUACAAGGUUUCCAGACACUGUGGGAGAGUAGCUUGAGUAGGCUGGCCCUGCUGAACCUGGUGGGAAUUAGUCACUUAUUUUGGAGAGAUGAUUGGCAGGUGAAUCUAGGAUCCAGCUUCCAAAAUGUGGCAGCUCUUGGCCGCCCUCAGCUGUCUGGUGGUGCUGACCAAUGCCCGGAGCAGGCCGUAUUUCCAGCCGCUGUCAGAUGAGCUGGUCAAUUAUGUUAACAAACGUAACACUACGUGGAAGGCCGGACACAACUUCCACAAUGUGGACCUGAGCUAUGUGAAGAGGCUGUGUGGCACCUUCCUGGGUGGGCCCAAGCUGCCCCAGAGAGUUUGGUUUGCUGAGGACGUGGUUCUGCCUGAAAACUUUGAUGCCCGGGAACAGUGGCCAAACUGCCCGACCAUCAAGGAGAUCAGAGACCAGGGUUCCUGUGGCUCCUGCUGGGCAUUUGGGGCUGUGGAAGCCAUUUCUGACCGGAUCUGCAUCCGCACCAAUGGGCAUGUCAGCGUGGAAGUGUCUGCUGAGGACAUGCUCACCUGCUGUGGUGACCAGUGUGGGGACGGCUGUAAUGGGGGCUUUCCUGCUGAAGCUUGGAACUUCUGGACAAAACAGGGCCUGGUUUCCGGUGGCCUCUAUGACUCCCAUGUAGGUUGCAGACCCUACUCCAUUCCUCCUUGUGAGCACCACGUGAACGGCUCCCGGCCCCCAUGCACGGGGGAGGGAGGGGACACUCCCAAGUGCAGCAAGAUCUGCGAGCCCGGCUACAGCCCCUCCUACAAAGAAGACAAACACUACGGAUGCAGUUCUUACAGCGUCUCUAGCAGCGAGAAGGAGAUCAUGGCAGAGAUCUUCAAAAACGGCCCAGUGGAGGCGGCCUUCACUGUGUAUUCAGACUUCCUGCAGUACAAGUCUGGAGUGUACCAACACGUCGCUGGAGAUAUGAUGGGCGGCCAUGCUGUCCGCAUCCUGGGCUGGGGAGUGGAGAAUGGCACCCCCUACUGGCUGGUUGGCAACUCCUGGAACACUGACUGGGGUGACAAUGGCUUCUUUAAAAUCCUCAGAGGCCAGGAUCACUGUGGAAUUGAAUCGGAAAUCGUGGCUGGAAUCCCAUGCACUGAUCAGUACUGGAAGAGGAUCUAAUCUGCGGUGGGCCUCUCGGCCAGCCCAGGGCUGUUUUCCCCUAAAUAGAGCCAGUUGGGCUAUGGGCAGGGGGGCAUGUCUUUUAUUUUCAGAUAAGAUACAAGCACUUUUAGACAGGGCCUGAAGGACUGGAUUGGGCCAAACCUUGUGUCUACCAUCAGAGCUGUCUUCCAAGGAGACACGUCCAAGGCCUGGCUCCCUCCCAGCCCGCUCAGCGGGCUGUUGUCACAGUGCACACACUCAGACCACAUAAGCCCUGCGGCCAGCAGAGCAAGUCCUUCCCCUUAGACUAGUGCUGUGUGUAGGGCCUGCUGCUCCAGCUCCGCUGCAGCCAGCUCCUCGGCCUUCCCCAUCCAUGCAUCCCCAGGCAGCAAGACAGAGACAUAAAGGGUUAGUAGGUUUUCCAAAGAGACAGAAAGUGAAAUUACUAACAAGAGAAAUUCCCAUGCAUCGGUGGUAGGUCUAAACAAGCAGCUUUCCAGAUUUGGAAUCGGUUGAGAAGAGAAAUAGUGGGGCGGGCAGCUCUUUGGAGAAAGCCACGUUCUCCUAGGGCCCCUGCAACUACUGAGCUUUGCCCUGUUGCUAACCAUCUCUAGUCUUGUCCUUGGCAUGAUUCUUUUGUAAUAGAAGUUUUAUUUUUUGUGCACCUCAGCUGAUCAUGUGAAUGAGAGUCUGAUCAUUGGAAGAGCCGUGCUAGUUUCACAGAUGGGCUCCUUAAAUUAAAACUGGGUGGUUAUGAUUGGGCUGAUCUGACCUCUGAUACCACAGUGAAACUAGUGUGGGAGAAACCAGCUUUUACUGUUUAAAAAUCACUGCUUUACUCUGUUAAUUUACAAGGAAAGGAAUGACUGUGCCAAUAAAAGUGUUCUCCUUCAA